AUGUACGUGAGCUACCUAUUGGAUAAGGACAUGAGCAUGUACCCCAGCUCCGUGCGCCAUUCUAGCGGGCUCAAUUUGGCGCCGCAGAACUUCGUCAGCCCCCCGCAGUACCCGGACUAUGGAGGUUACCACGUGGCGGCUGCGAACUUGGACAGCGCUCAGUCCCCGGGCCCCUCCUGGCCCUCUCCUUACGGCGCUCCUCUCCGGGAGGACUGGAAUGGCUACGCGCCCGGAGCCACCGCCACAACCAAUUCAGUGGCGCACGGUCUCAAUGGGGGUUCCCCUGCCGCAGCAAUGGGAUACAGCAGCCCGGCUGAUUACCACUCACAUCACCACCCGCACCACCACCCUCACCAUCCUGGCACUGCACCCUCCUGUGCCUCGGGGCUACUGCAAACACUCAACCCCGGGCCGCCUGUGGCCACUGCCGCUGAACAGCUGUCUCCUGGCGGUCAGCGGCGCAACCUGUGUGAGUGGAUGCGGAAACCGACGCAGCCCUCCCUGGGCGGCCAGGUUAAAACCAGGACAAAAGACAAAUACCGAGUGGUGUACACUGACCACCAGCGUCUGGAGCUGGAGAAAGAGUUUCACUAUAGCCGAUAUAUUACUAUUCGGAGGAAAGCGGAGCUGGCUGCUACACUGGGCCUAUCUGAGAGACAGGUUAAAAUCUGGUUUCAAAACCGAAGAGCCAAGGAAAGAAAAAUUAACAAGAAGAAGUUGCAGCAGCAGCAACAGCAGCAGCAGCAGCAGCAGCCUCCACCUCAGUCACAACCCCAGCCUGGUGCUUUGAGAAGUGGCCCAGAGCCACUGAGUCCAGUAGCCUCCCUUCAAGGCUCAGCACCAGGCUCUGUCCCCGGAGUACUGGGGCCUGCUGGAGGAGUGUUGGCCCCCACCAUUACACAAUGA